GCGUGGGGCGGGGCGUGCGAGCGCGGGGCGGGGCGUGCGAGCGUGGGUGGGCGGUGUCUGUGAGACCCCUCCAACCCCUAACCCCGCCUCUCACGGCACCCCACCCCCUCCCCCAUCGCAUUGGGUCACGUGACGUAACGGUUCCACCUCCAUAACGGACUUUGCAACCCCAACAACGUCACAACAAUAACACCGCAACAAUACAACCACGACAAUAAUAACGCCACAACAAUAACACCACAACACCGAGCAUGCACACCCAUUCACACCCCACGCCGCCGCCGCUGCUGCUGCUCCUACUCGUCCCCACCGUCAUCGCCCCCCGUGUCGCCCCCCCACCGGCUGCCCCUCCCCGCUGCCCCGCCACGCUGAGCUUCGUGAGCGCCGCCUUCCUCAGCGGCUCCGCCAUGGAGCUGCCUUGCCGCUGCAAACCCGAGGAAGCGCUCCGGGGCGUCACGUGGUUCUACUACAGAGAGCUCCCCGGCUGGUUCUCGUCUCGCCCCGUGGUUCUCUCGGAUCGCUCUGGCUCGCGGGUCCUGGACCGCGACGCCAUGAGCGCCGACUUGACGAGCCGCUUCAGCAUUCUCCUCUUCAACCUCGUCGUCCUCGAGACCCGCCCGUCGGACUCGGGUCACUACAUCUGCGGCUCGUCAGAUGGAGACUUCUACUUCGCUUACGAGGUCGUGGUGCAGUUCACGGGCAGCGCCCGCCUCGUGCUGCUGGACCGCGGGGAGCAACCGCGGGCGGAGCUCACGGUGAAGGGUGUGCACAACAAGGUGACGGUGUUCACGGCUUGGAGUGGGUGGACUCCGUGUGACAGGUGUGGGCGGCCCGGGGAGAUGAUCAACGCGGGGGUGUGCAUGGUGUCCGGCAGCGUUAUCACCUCUGCCAAGCAGGGGGCCCCCCGCUAUGUGAGCGAGGUUCUUGGGGGUCCCGUGGGAUGCGGCUCCCUUGCCACCCCCCGCUUCGCGCUCCUGGCUGCGCGCUCCCGGCCCCCCGAGAUCCUGGUGCGCAGCUGCCGUGACACGUGCGCCUCGACGGGCAGCGCCGUGCAGGACGUUCAUGCGGCGCUGCGGGAGCUGAUGGGCCCUGGGACCCGUGGGGGUUGCGAGGCUCCAGAAUCGCGUGACCCUGGCGAGACACGUGGAGCUCUCGUGCCCCGGGGGCUCCCCACAGAGCGCCGUGGCCUGGGACCGGGACGGGCAGCCUCUACUCCGCUCCGUGUUCUCGAGGACACGGGGUCGCGAGCUCGAGGCCACAGAGUUCGGCCGGGUCACAUUGGACAACAACAACCACCUGCACAUCUUGAACGCCAAGCGGCGCGACGCAGGCCGCUACACCUGCUGGCUCGCCGGGCGGAUGGUGGCAGAGCUGGAGGUGACGGUGAACCCAAGGAAUCGGUCACGGCGGCGGCUGGACCCCCACGACCCCGAGGUGAAGGCGGCGCUGGCCACCCUGUGGCGCCUGUACGCAGCUCUUGGCGCCGUCACGGCGGUGGUGCUGGCGCUGCGCGUGCGGGCGGCCGUCGCCCGCACCGCUUGGAGGGGUUCGCUGGCGCCGCCGCCGCAUGGAAAGAGGGGGGCGUGGCACGGGGACGAGGCCUGAACACCUGGAACGAGGGCCUGAAACAGCUGGGACCGGGCCUGAACAGCUGGGAACGGGCCUGAACAGCUGGGGACCAAGCCUGAACACCUGGGACCAGCUAUGGCGGGGGUGGGGGGAACCUUUUUUCUGCAAAGGGCCAUUUUGAUAUUUAUAACAUCAUUUCGCGGGCCAUGCAAAAUCAAAUUUGUUGCUAUGGAAAAAAAGCGCCGAGAUUGAUUGAAUUUCGAGUCGUGCGCUUGCCUUGGCAGGGCCAGUCCAACCGAUCUCGCGGGGCCUUACACGGCCCCCACCCAUGCUACACCAACACGCAGGGGAUCCGUGCACCAACAGACCCCCAUACUCAGGGGGGGUACCUACAUCACACACACAGGGCCUGAACACCUGGGACGAGGCCUGAACACCUGGACGAGGCCUGAACAGCUGGGACCGGGCCUGAACAGCUGGGACCAGGCCUGAACACCUGGGACCAAGCCUGAACACCUGGGACCAGCUACGGCGGGGGUGGGGGGAACCUUUUUUCUGCAAAGGGCCAUUUUGAUAUUUAUAACAUCAUUUCGCGGGCCAUGCAAAAUCAAAUUUGUUGCUAUGGAAAAAAGUGCCGAGAUUGAUUGAAUUUCGAGUCGUGCGCUUGCCUUGGCAGGGCCAGUCCAACCGAUCUCGCGGGCCUUACACGGCCCCCACCCAUGCUACAACCAACACGCAGGGGAUCCGUGCACCAACAGACCCCAUACUCAGGGGGGGGUACCUACAUCACACACACAGGGACCCCUACACACCAACACACGUACAGGGGGCCAAAUAGAGAGAAACCCUUACACAGGGACACCAAAGACCCCCCCCCCGCCUCCCAGUACAGCCUUAACAGAAUGUUGGGGCAUGUGCCGCUUGCGAACGCAUGCAGAGGGGUCCUCGACACCAACACACACGGACCCCUGC